UGAAUCUCUUUCGUUUAACAGCUUCCUUUCCAUCCCGGCUCUGACUCUCACGUCUCCAGCUUUGGGAAGAAAUGAGUAAAAUGGAAGCUCUGAAACUCAGUCUAAUCAUUAUACCGCUGUUGUUAACAAGUUUGCGAUCCAUUGCAUCAUCACCAGACAAUCACCGCUACAAUGUAGGAGAUCACGUCCCUUUAUUUGUCAACAAAGUUGGUCCCCUCAACAAUCCCAGUGAGACUUACCAAUACUACGAAUUGCCGUUCUGUGGUCCAGACCCUGUAGUACAAAAGAAGGAGUCCCUUGGGGAAGUUCUGAGUGGUGACCGCCUGACCAGUGCUCUAUAUAAGUUGAACUUCCGAGAGAACAAAGUUGCAGAGACAUUGUGUCACAAGAAGCUUGAAGGAGAUGAUGUUGCAAAAUUUAGAGAUGCUGUCAUUAAUGAUUUUUACUUUCAGAUGUACUAUGAUGAUCUACCAUUUUGGGGUUUUGUUGGGAAAAUUGAAGAAGACAGUUGGACACUUGAGAAGAAGUCACUCAAGUAUUUUCUUUUCAAACAUGUACAGUUUGAUGUGCUUUAUAAUGGAAACCAAAUUAUAGAAGUACAUGCAAUUGGUGACCCAAAUCAGGUUGUUGAUAUAACAGAAGAUGUAGGGGUUGACGUUCAGUUCACUUAUUCAGUCGUCUGGAAUACCACAUCAGCUGCUUUUGAUACCAGAAUGGAUAGAUAUUCAAGGGCUUCAUCCCUCCCAAUCCACCUGAAAAUUCAUUGGUUUUCAUUCAUCAACUCAGUUAUCACUAUUAUGCUAUUGAUAGGAUUACUUACUUUGCUUUUCAUGAGGCGUCUGAGGAAUGACUUGAGAACCAGGUUUUCAACUGGAGAUGAAGAAGAUGACAAGGAGGUUGGUUGGAAAUAUAUUCAUGGUGAUGUAUUUAGAUAUCCUCGAAAUAAGUCCUUGUUUUGUGCUGUCAUGGGCGUGGGUACUCAGCUGCUAACCUUAGUUUGCUCCUUAUUUGUAUUGGUGUGUCUUGGAAUUCUCUAUCCCUACAAUCGUGGAACACUAUGCACUGCGCUUGUCAUUUUAUAUUCUCUGACAUCUGUAGUUGCUGGAUACACUACAGCUUCCUUCCACUGUCAGUUUGCUGAAACUGGAUGGGAAAGGAGUGUCCUGCUGGCUGGAAUCAUGUAUGCAGGUCCCUUGUUUGUGAUUGGUUCCAUUCUUAAUGUGGUUGCUGUAUCUUAUGGGGCCACCGCGGCACUCCCUUUUGGCACUAUCAUGGUUAUCAUUCUCCUAUAUGCUUUUCUCACCAUUCCGUUACUUGUGUUGGGUGGGGUGAUAGGAUACCUCUUUAGGUCUGCGUUUCAGUCACCUUGUGCUACUAAAAGAUACCCGAGAGAGAUUCCUCCGUUGCCUUGGUAUCGAGAUACUCCUUGCCAGAUGUUUCUUGGGGGUUUCUUACCAUUUAGUGCUAUUGUCCUUGAGUUACAACAUUUAUAUGCGAGCUUGUGGGGAUACAGGAUAUUCACUCUUCCCAGCAUUUUGUUUAUUAUGUUCAUCAUCCUCAUCCUGAUCACUGCAAUAUUAAGUGUUGGUUUGACAUAUAUUCAGCUAUCCGUGGAAGAUCAUCAAUGGUGGUGGAGAUCUGUGUUUUGUGGGGGCUCAACCGCCAUUUUUAUGUUUGCUUAUUGUAUCUACUUCUACACAAGGUCAAGCAUGAGUGGCUUAUUGCAGUUCUCAUUUGUUUUCGGCUACAAUGCCUGCAUGUGCUAUGCAUUCUUCUUGAUGCUUGGCACAGUAGGCUUCCGUUCUUCCCUUAUGUUCGUUCGCUACAUUUACCGAGCUGUUAAGAGCGAAUGACUCUGCCUCUGCAUAUGUUCAUGGGAAUGGCAUAACUUUCUUGUCUUUCUGUCAUGGUGCCAUCACUGGAACCCCUUUUCUUGCUAACCAUAUUAUAAAAAUCGAGAAAGAAGAAGACAUGGAAAGAUUAGACAUGGAAAGAUUGUGAAGAAUGUGAUAUGAACAAAUAUUUCAUCUUUGGUAUGAGAGAAAAUCAUGGCUAACUUUUGAUGCAAA